CGGGGCACGAAUGCCACUCGUUGCGCGUCCCGAUAAUUUGGGGAGGUGUAUUCCACGCACGGCCCCCUUCGCUCGCCUUUCCAGGUGGAACUCCGGGAGGAGCUGGUAAAAAAAAAAAAAAAAAAAAAAGGAAAAAGGGGGAACUUAACCGGCACCACUCGGCCGACCCGGUUCAGGACAGGUGAAAUUCCCAGCAGGCCGCGCGGUGCUGGAUGCAAGACAACAUGUUGGAUGCAUGAUCUCAGGAAUACCAAACAAGCUGGAUUCGAUCCCUAAAGCACAUUUUUUCCUUGUGAUAAAGAACAAUAAGUAGGGGGGGUUUGCAGGGAAUUAAGAAUAUAGUGACCAUGACGAGGAGGCAAAGCGCGCCGCUGAUGUGAAGGAGCAACAUAUCCGCAUGCAAGCCAGGAGCCACCAGUGAGCGCCGACAUGAAGGAGAAGUCCAAAACGGCUGCAAGGACUAGACGGGAAAAGGAGAACAGUGAAUUUUACGAACUGGCCAAAAUGUUGCCUUUGCCGUCGGCCAUUACGUCACAACUGGACAAAGCGUCCAUCAUCAGACUGACCACCAGCUACCUGAAGAUGAGGAUAGUCUUCCCGCAGGGUUUGGGCGAAGCUUGGGGCGUAACGAAUCGAUCACGAACUUUGGACGUCGGACGUGAGCUGGGGUCUCAUUUAUUGCAGACAUUGGAUGGCUUUAUUUUUGUUGUCGCUCCGGAUGGAAAAAUAAUGUACAUUUCAGAGACAGCUUCCGUCCAUUUAGGACUGUCCCAGGUAGAGUUGACCGGAAACAGUAUUUAUGAAUACGUGCACCCCGCCGACCAUGACGAGAUGACAGCGGUUCUGACGCCCCAUCAGCCCUACCACCCACAUUUUGUACAAGAGUAUGAAGUGGAGCGCUCUUUUUUUCUGAGGAUGAAAUGCGUGCUGGCCAAAAGAAACGCAGGCCUUACUAGUGGUGGAUACAAGGUGAUCCACUGCAGCGGCUACCUGAAGAUCCGUCAGUACAGUUUAGACAUGGCCCCUUUUGAGGGCUGCUACCAGAACGUGGGCCUGGUGGCCGUGGGACACUCUCUGCCCCCCAGCGCCGUGACCGAAAUCAAGCUGCACAGCAACAUGUUUAUGUUCCGAGCCAGUUUGGACAUGAAGCUCAUCUUCCUGGACUCCAGGGUCGCCGAGCUGACAGGUUACGAGCCGCAGGACUUGAUUGAGAAAACUUUGUACCACCACGUGCACAGCUGCGACAUCUUUCACCUCCGCUGUGCCCAUCACCUUUUGCUGGUGAAGGGCCAAGUCACCACUAAGUAUUACCGUUUCCUGGCUAAGCACGGCGGAUGGGUGUGGGUGCAGAGUUACGCCACCAUCGUCCACAACAGCAGGUCGUCGAGGCCGCACUGCAUAGUCAGCGUCAACUACGUCCUCACGGAGACGGAAUACAAGGGAAUGCAGCUGUCCCUGGACCAAAUGAGCCCCACCAAGCCUGCUUUUCCUUACACUGACAGUCUAAGCGAAGACAGGAAGAGCACAAAGUCACGUCUGACCCAAGCAAAGGCCAAAGUAAGAGUGUCGCCCUACCCGCAGCAGUUCUCUGCAUUCAACCCAGAGCGUUCUGAGUCAGACCAGGACAGCCAAUGGGGAGGGAGCCCGCUGACGGAGUCGGCCUCGCCGCAGUUGUUGGACCCGAGCGAGGCCGCCGAGGCAUCGUGCGCCUACAGACUGUAUCCGGAAUCGGGCUCUCUGUGCUACGGCCUGGGUCUAUUGGAGGAGGAUCUCGCUCAUACCCAGAAUCGUCCUCACGCGACCGCCUGCGAUCGGGCUCGAUGCCAAAGCGGGCGCUACUUCUUGGGAGCCCCCCAGUCGGGGAGAGAGAUGUGGUGGGACGCCACCCGCUCGGUGCUGUCCCUACCGAAACCAUCUGCGGAGAACAGCGAGGGCUUCGAAAUCACGUCCUACCAUGGAGCCUUUCACGGACGAGGCCACUGGGAUGAAGACAGUGUCAUGAGUUCCCCGGAUGGCGGAGGGUCCACCAGUGAUUCCGGCGAGCGCUACCACCAGGACCACUUCCAAGGUAGCCCUCGAGAGCCCAGCAAGAUGGAGACCCUUAUCCGUGCUACACAACAGAUGAUCAAAGAGGAAGAGAGUCGCCUGCAGCAGCACAAGCCUCCAUUGGACGUUUCAAGCCUCACUAAGACUCACAGUCCGUGUUUCACCUCCUCCCUGCCUCAUCACUCGCAAAUCAGCAUGCCCAGCAGCGUGGUCUGCCGGGGUCCAGGAGCCCCGAGCAUCGACCUCCCGUCUGAACGCCUCCACCAUCGGAUCAAACCGCCCGGACCUCACGAAAACAACGAUGAAAACACAACCAGUCCUGGCUCUUUGUCUCGCCUCAGCAGCCCAAGCUCUGACGGCAUCCCCAAGUCCGGUCUCCCCCUCAAUAAAGACUACAUGCAGACCGAUUUGUCUCCACAUCCGUCGCAAUCGCAAGGGAGCCCUUUGCUCUAUCCAUCCCAGGAGAGGCAGCCCCUAGACAGGCAAGCGGCGUACGCAUUGACUGGGUACUCACUGGAACACCUGUAUGACACGGAGAGCCUCAGGAGUUACACCGGACUUGCUUGUGGAGGAGUCCAGUACGACGUGGCGUCACACAUGAGGAUGCAGGCGGAGCAGAUGCAGGGACACAAAGCCACCUCUGUGAUUAUAACCAACGGGAGCUGACAAUAUCUGAUCCUGAUAGGUCUCUAAAAUGAGGGAUUGUUCUAGGCACUGGAGCAUGUUCUUGUCCGCAGGAAGCCAAGAGGUAAAGGUCGACAUUUUUUUCCUCCUCUACACCGGGAGAAGAGUGUUAUUUUAAUGGCGGUGAACUGAAUUCCCUUCUUCCUGCAGAGGCCAAGACCAAGGUUCCGAGUCUGGUUAAACAUCAAGCCGAUGUUUACGGCUCAAAUGUCUCACGCGCAAUUGGCUUUGUUAGUUAAUCUGUCUUGGAUUUCCUUUGGCCGUAGGAGAAUGUGUUGCCCCAUCGCCCUUUCACCUGAGAGAAGCAGGAAUAAUGUUUGACACCACAUGGGAAAGUAUUUCAAAAGUGUAUAAUGUCAACGGGGUCCUUGUCUUUUUUGUCUUUAGGUCCGAAAAAGAGUAGUUACGGUGUUUGACUAACAACGGGAACACAGCUUCUGAUUGUAAAACUGUCCAACAUACAGCCCCAAAUAUUGUUUGUGUAUAUAUCACUUAAAACAACAAUGUUUACAUCUGAGGAUACAAACAUCCCCCAUGUUGUUACCUCAUGUAACAUAAGUACAAUAUUAUUUGGAAUCCGGUUUCACAUGCAAAAUGUUUGUCGUGAUCUAA